AGAAAAACUUAUUACCUUCGAAGCAUCAAGUUAUUAGUUCUCCAUCAUUUACAGAGUCUACUCGAAUGUGCAGCUAGCUUCCGUGCUUUUGACUUUUCUUUGGAGCUUGACUUUGGUAUACUUUAAGUCAAGGGAUCCUUGUUAGUCCGUUUCUGCUAGAUCCUAACUUUUCAGUCCUGUAAACAUGUCUGGGCACCAUGGUGAAGAAGCUGAAGCGGAACAUAUGGAGGAUGAUGAUACUUUGGGAGCAGAUUUUGAGAAUCUUAUGUGUUCUGCUGAUACAACUGCUUCUCAAGCUCCUAACAGAAAGGACAUUCAGGGAAUCCCAUGGGAUAAACUUAGUCUCACCAGAGAAGAAUACAGAAAAAGUAGGCUACAAUCCUAUAGAAACUAUGAAAACAUACCAAACUCAGGCGAGGCAUCUGGGAAGGACUGUCUAGAUUCAGAGAAAGGAAGCUCUUUCUAUAGGUUCAAGAAGAAUUUUAGAUCUGUAACACCUACUAUUCUCCAUUUUCAGCUGAGGGAGUUGGUGUGGGCUACAUCUAACCAUGAUGUUUACCUGAUGUGCAACAACUCUAUCACUCAUUGGUCUACUUUAACAAGUAGUAGGGAUGAAGUUCUUGAUCUUGCUGGUCUAGUAACCCCAUCUGAGGAACAUCCUGGAAGUUUGUUAGAAGGGUUUUCGAAGACACAUGUUAGCAGUCUGGCAGUAAAAGAUGGAAUGGUUGUUGCUGGUGGGUUUUCUGGUGAACUCAUUUGCAAGCAUCUUGAUAGACCUGGUGUGAGCUUCUGCUACCGCUUAGCUAGUGAAGAAAACGCCAUAACUAAUUCUGUUAAUAUACACAGGAACUCCAGUGGUGCACUUCAUUUCAUGGCUUCAAGUAAUGAUGGUGGAGUCAGAAACUUUGAUAUGGAAACUUAUCAGCUUGUCCAGCACUUCCAUUAUCCCUGGCCAGUGAAUCAUUCUUCGGUUAGUCCUGAUGGGAAACUAGUAACAAUCGUUGGAGAUGACCCAGAUGGUUUGUUGGUGGACUCCAACAACGGGGAGACGGUGGGGAGGUUAUAUGGUCACUUGGACUAUUCAUUUGCAUCAGCUUGGCAUCCUGAUGGAGUGACCUUUGCCACGGGGAACCAGGACAAGACCUGCCGUGUGUGGGACGUAAGGAAUCUGUCUAAAUCUGUGGCAAUCUUAAAGGGAAACCUCGGAGCUAUCCGUUCUAUCAAGUUCACUUCCGAUGGUCAGUACAUGGCCAUGGCUGAGGCGGCAGACUUUGUCCACAUUUACAACACCAACACAGGAUACAUGAAAGAGCAAGAGAUUGAUUUCUUUGGAGAGAUAUCAGGAAUCUCCUUCAGUCCUGACACUGAGUCUCUCUUCAUUGGCGUAUAUGAUAGAUCAUAUGGUAGUCUUAUGGAGUUUGCUCGAGAAAGGGUUUCUGGAAGUGCAUUGUGAUCUCAGAGUUCUUGGAACUUCUUCAAUAGAUUCUGCCUUGAAGGUUCUAUAUAUGGUUCGAUUCUGUUAAUGCAGUGUGCUAUAAACUGUUCUGAGUUGAUUGUAUUAUAUCGUAUUGUAGCAUUCCAACAAAGUAAAUGAAGAAGUGAGACUUGUGUUUUAAUUCUAUAAA